AUGGCAGACUCAUCACCAGCAUCAAGACGAUCAACACGAUCAAACAACAACACACCUCGCCGCUCUCAACGUGGUUCUCAGGCACCGCGAUCGUCCGCUGCACCACCGAGCGAUCCCCCUCAGCCAGACGAAGAUGCUGCAAACUCACAACUCCAGAGCGAGGCAGGCGCAGCAUCGAGCCGGAAUGGAACACCAAUAGGCACUCAAAAUAGCAACUCACAAUCUCAAGCACCUCCCACAAGCAGCCCGCUCUUCUUCCGCAGUUCGCCAGCUGGGAGUCAGAGUCAAUCGCAGAGCCAGAGCUUAGGCGUGCCGGCCAGAGGCAGCGUCAAUGGAAGCAGUCCGCUCAGACAGAGAUCUGAUGCCCAAACUCCAGCUGGUCUGAGUAGUGAAGGUGGCAGAACUCCUAGAGCAAACGGAGCAAACAUUGGCGACUCCUCUCCAAUUCACUACGCCACAAGCUCGGAUGCUGCAGGACCCAGAUCGAAUGGUAACAGACAGCACGGAACGAGUUCGACUGGUCUUUUCGUACGAUCUGGUCUCGGAAGCCAGCCCAGCGCAAGAGAAAGGAGGCAUGACAUCAAUUCAGAUUUGCUAGACAGCUCAACCAGGCGACGACAGCUUUUUGUGGACGAAAAUGGUGCUCCAGUCCCAAUCGACCCUUCGGACGCAGCCACAUUUUCGAAUCUGAACCCAAACACAUCAGAUGCUGCUGCGCUUGGCGGCCGUGGCACAAGAUUCAUUUGGGGUACAAACAUUUCCGUGCAAGAUUCUUGGUCAGCUUUCAAGGACUUCGUGUUCAACUUUCAAAAGAAGUAUCGCAUGGUCCAAGAUGGAGAACUCACGGAAGGCGAGAGCUUGGACAACGAGCAUCCAGGUCUCGAGAAGCCAGCUCUUGCUCAGUGCGAGACUAUGCUGGAACUUGGGACGAAGUGCUUCUACUUGGACUGCAAAGAUCUCAAGGCAUAUCCAGGCACGAAGAAGCUGUACCAUCAAUUGCAAUCUUAUCCAAGUGAGAUCGUUCCCUUGAUUGAUGGCGCCAUCAAGGACACCCUGAUGGAGCUUGCUGAGAAGAAGAUGGGCGAGCGGAGAUCACAACCAUCUCAGAAUGGUCGCACAGAUCGAUCAAGCUCGAUGCCACCCAUGCCCAGCUCAGACCUCGACAAUGAUAUGAAUGGCGGUGCAACACCACGACCAGCCCCACAGCCCUCCGCAGAUGAGCAAGACUUGUAUGCAGAGGUGGAGAGCUCAUCUUACCGCGUGCGACCAUUUGGUCUCGAUAAGAACAUCAAUCUGCGAGACCUCGACCCGAAGGACAUGGACCAGCUGGUGUCAGUCAAGGGCUUGGUCAUUAGGACAACCCCAAUCAUCCCAGACAUGAAGGACGCAUUCUUCCGCUGCUCCGUCUGCCAUCAUACCGUCAAGGUUGACCUCGACCGUGGCAAGAUUGCCGAACCCACUCGUUGUCCAAGAGAAGUAUGCAGCGCUAGCAACAGCAUGCAAAUCGUGCACAACCGAUCUGGGUUCGCAGACAAGCAAGUCAUCAAGCUACAGGAGACCCCAGACUCUGUUCCAGAUGGACAGACUCCACAUUCCGUCAGCUUGUGUGCUUACGAUGAGCUGGUCGACAUUUGCAAGGCUGGUGAUCGUGUCGAAAUUACGGGCGUCUUCAAGUGCAACCAGGUUCGCGUGAACCCACAUCAACGAACUGUCAAGAACAUCUUCAAGACAUACGUGGACUGCUUGCACAUCCAGAAAGUGGACAAGCGCCGCAUGGGCAUCGAUCCAAGCACAAUCGAAGAGCAACUUGCGGAGCAGGCCGCUGGAAGCACGGAAGAAGUCCGAAAAGUCAGCGAAGAGGAGGAGGAGCGAAUCAAGGAGGUCGCUUCAAGACCUGACGUCUACGAGCUUCUGGCACGAUCGCUGGCUCCCUCGAUCUACGAGAUGGAUGAUGUGAAGAAAGGAAUUCUCCUCCAGCUUUUCGGCGGUACAAACAAGAGUUUCGAAAAGGGAGGAUCGCCGAAGUACAGAGGUGACAUCAAUGUCUUGCUGUGCGGUGAUCCCUCCACGUCGAAAUCGAAGAUGCUGGAGUACAUCCACAAAAUCGCUCCUCGCGGUGUGUACACUUCUGGAAAAGGUUCCUCGGCUGUGGGUCUGACAGCCUAUGUGACUCGCGAUCCGGAAACCAGAUCACUUGUUCUCGAAUCCGGUGCGCUCGUCCUGUCUGAUGGAGGUGUCUGCUGCAUCGACGAAUUCGACAAGAUGUCCGACAGCACCCGCUCGGUCCUCCACGAAGUCAUGGAACAGCAGACGGUCUCGAUUGCCAAGGCUGGCAUUAUUACCACUCUCAACGCUCGAACAUCGAUUCUUGCUUCUGCCAACCCCAUUGGCAGCAAGUACAACGUCAACCUUCCUGUGCCGCAAAACAUCGAUCUGCCACCAACGCUCCUUUCCAGAUUUGAUCUCGUCUACCUUGUGCUAGAUCGCAUUGACGAGAGCACUGAUCGUAAGCUGGCAAGACAUUUGGUUGGCAUGUAUCUCGAAGACACUCCAGAGAAUGCCAGCCGGGAUGAGGUCUUGCCCGUCGAGUUCCUCACGUCCUACAUCUCCUACGCCCGCACCAACAUCCACCCCAAAAUCUCUCAACCCGCCGCCGAUGCUCUCGUCCGCCACUACGUCGCGAUGCGAAAACUCGGCGAAGACAUUCGUGCCUCAGAACGUCGCAUCACAGCCACAACCCGUCAACUCGAAUCCAUGAUUCGUCUCUCCGAAGCCCACGCAAAAAUGCGUCUCAGCUCCACCGUCUCCGAAGAAGAUGUAGAAGAAGCCGUUCGUCUUAUCCAAUCCGCUUUGAAACAAGCUGCCACAGAUGCAAGAACUGGUCUUAUCGAUAUGGGUCUUUUGACCGAGGGGACUUCUGCGAGUGAGAGGAAGAGGAAGGAGGAUUUGAAGAAUGGGGUUGUUUCGGUUUUGGAUGAGUUGCUUAGGGGUGGGAAUUCGAGUGUUAGGUAUGGUGAUGUUGUGAGAACGCUUUCGGAGCAGAGUUCUGUGCCGGUUGAAGGGCAGGAGUUUGCUGAGGCUGUGAGGGCUUUGGAGGCGGAGGGGAAGGUGCAGGUUAUUGGGGAGGGACCUAGGAGGAGUAUCAGGAGGGUUACCGGUGUGGCGUAG